UCGUUCGCCACCUUCAAGGAGUUCUCUGAACGCGCGACGGUCGAGGCGGCAGAGCUCAAGAUGCGCCUCGAGCGCGAGCGGCGCGAGGCCCGCCGCCUUACGGGCCAGCUCGCCGCCGACCGCGAGCACCAGGCGAGGCUCGAGGACAGCCUCGAGGCCGUCGAGCAGGCGCGAGAACAAGCGCUUCAAGAACUCGCCCGCGUCGACGCCAUGCGCCGCGACCUCGAGCACCACCGCGAGCUCGUCGCCCACGAGAUCGAGGCCAUCACGCACGGCGCCGACGACGAGUCGAGCUCCGUGUACCGCGCCGUCUACUCGCGGCUCGAGGCGAUCUCGCAGCGCAGCGACACGCCGUCCUUGCGCUCGUCCUCCUCUUUGUCGACCCGGCCAUCAAGUCGCCUCGCUCGUCAGCCGUCCUACCUGGCCGACCGGCACCCGAGCAUCGUCGAGGAGGACGAGGAGGACGAGGCGACGCUCGGCGACGCUCGCGAGGUCCUCGAGGACGAGGCUCGGCUCGAGUCGAUGCGGCUCGCGCUGCAGGAGACGCUGCGUGCCGUCUCGUCACGCCUUUCGUUCGCCCUGCAGCAGGCGGGCGAACUCGGCGGGGCCUCUGGCGUCGCGAUCGGUAGCUCGCCGUCGUCAUCGCCGGUCGACACGUCAUCCCCGUCUCGCUCCGCCGAGAGCGACGCCACCGUCGUCUCGUCGGCCGCGUCGCCCACCGCCGUCCGCCCUCCUACCUCUCCCGACGUCGGCCCGUUCGACAAGCCGCAGCCGUUCUCGCCGUCGGGCGCUCCUGCCCUCGGCUUCCACCCCAAAACCCUCACCCUCACCCCGCCCGUCUCGCCCGAGCUCUGCCACGGCGACGAGUACGUCGUCGGCGCAACGAUCUCGGCGUCGCCGUACGUCACGACGCGCCCGCACGGGCAGCGUCGCUACCGCGCCCGAGCGGGAGGGCACGUCAAGGAGGACUCGGCCGGCGGCUCGUCCUUCAAGAGCUGCAGCAGCGGCGCAUCGGCGUCGAUGACGCCGCCGGCGCGCUCGUCGCUCCAGUCGUUCGCCACCUACUCGACGCCGACAGCCGCGACGCAAGGUCACGGCCGCACCUCGAGCCAGGCGACGGGCACCUCUCGCGCGACGCCGACUUUCUCGCGCUCAGCGUCGGCGAUGUCGCUCUCGCGCUCGCAGUCGCAGACGGCGUCGCACGCGCACUCGCGCUCGCCCUCGGCGCUGUCGCAGCUGUCGUACAUCUCGUCGCCGUCGCCCGGCGCCGCGAGCGAGACGGACGACGCCGACUCGUUCGUGAGCAUGAGCGACGGCGGCGGCGCCGACGAGUCGCUCGCGAGCCUCGAGGACUCGGUGCGGGACGGGGGAGGGUUCGAGCUCGAGGACCUCGCGGCGCACGCCGCCUCGCCAACGCCGCAAGGCCGCAGCAAGGUCGCCAACGGCGGCGGCGCUCACCGGCGGCAGGACUCGUUCGCCAUCGACGCGCCGCCCGUCGCCUUCUUUACGCGGUCGUCGUCGCUGCGCAGCGUCGUCGGGCGAGGUGCCGGUGCUGGCGCGAGCCCGACUCGAGGAGGACGGGACCGGGGCGAGGCGGCGGACGAGAUGGGGAGGGUCCGAGCGGUCGUGCGGCGGUACGAACAGCGAGCUUGAGCAUGGCUUCCAAUCGAGCGUAGCUAUGCGAGACGUGACAUCUAUUCGCUUUCGUCGUCG